UCUUGGAGUAGGUUGGCGUGAAGCAUGCCUGCCCGUCACCUCGACGACGACAUAAAGGAUGCCGUUCCUUUGAUCAAUGCAUUUCCUCAAGACAAGCUGUCCUUGCUACUUCGUCGCAUCCUGCACUCGUCCGACCCUCCAGUAUGCGUCUUCACCGCGCAAGAACAAUCGCAGCUCAUGGCCAUGGGAAACAUGUCUGCCUCCCAAGUGUCCACGUUCCUUGCAGGCGUCACGCGGAUACUCACGACGGCAGGGUAUCAUGAUUGGGACGAUGCGCAAUUCACAGGGGAAGUGACCAAGCUUGGACUUGUUGAGACCGCUGCAUCUUCUCUGACGCUGGCGUGGUCCCAAGAACGAUCUUCCUACCGAGCGGCGUUGCUACGUGCGAGCACCACGACACCCGGUCACUUGCCAAACGUGACCGAGUCGCACUGGCGCCUGCAUGUAACCAUCGCCGAUUCGUCUUCCUCCGGACAUGCCGUUCCCCAUGCCCUGUUUCACCUCCAAACGACCAAAGACAGUCCAUCUCCUUCCUCCGACAUUCACAUGGACAUGAAUCAUGCAGAACUGUACGACUUUUUCAUUCAACUGGACGCGAUUCAAGCGCAAGUGGACGCGCUGGCCACGCCGCCGCCUUAGAAAGCGCCGCCGCCACCGCGCAAGCUGCCGAUAGACGGUCGCUCGAUCGUCUUUUUAUAAAUCAAAUACGGUUCUCCCGUGGUCAUGUCCUCCGUGGUGGAGCUGCGAUGCACCAAGUGCGUCGUAAUCGCUUGUGCUUGACGGGAGAAGGUCCAUUCAAUCACUCGCGCUCGUCGAGGUAUCGCUUCAUUUCCAUAUGCAGCACCUACAUACAACAACAAUACACCCAACGUAAG